AUGGACUUGGCUGGUGAGAAACAAUCCAAGAAAAGCAAAUGCAAGCAAGAAGAAGAUCAACCCGAAAAUCGGAUUGAUAGCCUCCCUCAUGAAAUCUUCAUAAACAUAGUUUCAAGGCUACCUAUAACAUCUCUCAUUCAAUUCAGGUUUGUAUCCAGAGCCUCACAAAUCUUGUCAAACGAUCCACUUCUUGGUGACUUGCACUUAUCCCGAACAACGAAGAACAAUCCAUGCCUUAUAUUUCAUUGUGACUAUCCGAUUCAAAACCAGCUCUAUUUUGUUGAGCUUCCUGAUCAUGAUGAUCAUCAGAAAGAGAUCGUGAGGGAAAUUCAUACUCCUUUCUCUGCUUCUAUGCCAGAAUUUUAUGUGGUAGGUUCAUGUAAUGGCUUAUUAUGCUUAUCCAAUUUGUUAUUCGAUGGUUCACUCUCUGUGUACAAUCCUUUUACUAGGAAACACAAAGAGCUUCCCAAAUCAAUUAAGUGUGAAGAACAAAAGGUGAUGUUUGGAUUUGGAUUUCACCCAGUUGCCAAAGAGUACAAGGUGGUCAAAAUAAUCUACUUUGGCAAUGUAUAUAAUGUUUACAAUAGACCUUGGCGUUAUAGAUUCAGAAACCUUGAAUUUCCAAACUCAGAGGCUCAAAUUCUUAGUCUGAGUAGUAACACAUGGAGAAGUAUUGGAGAAGUACCUUAUCAGCUAAAAAGGUCGUCGGAAGCAUUAGUGAAUGGAAGGCUUCAUUGGGUGACCUACCAGGGGGUUCUUGGCCCAAUUAUAGUCUCUUUUGACCUAGCAGAUGAACAAUUCCGGGAGGUACCAGGAGCUGGCAGUGGUUUCCUAGCUAGGUGUAACUUUUAUUUGGUAGUUUUGGGAGGGUGUCUCUCUGCUGUUGUGCCUUUCAGUUUUGGGAGAUUGGAGAUUUGGGUAUUGAAAGAAUAUGAUGUGAAAGAGUCUUGGAUCAAAGAGUACAGCUUCGAGUCUUACAUGCCAAGGGUUGUAAAUCAAGAUCUGGAGAGAAAUUAUGGGAUUUGGAAGAACGUUGUGAAUACGAGAAUUGUUCGAGUCUUGUGUCUUCUGAAGAAUGGAAAGAUCUUGCUCGAGUACAGAGGUGGAAAUCUUGUUUCUUAUGAUCCGAAGAGCAAAAUAUUUGAGAAUAUGAUGUUUCAGGGGAUGCCUAAUUUGUGUCAAAUAGUUGUUCAUGUUGGUAGCCUUAAUUGGAUUGACAUCUCUACUGACUCAUAGGAGUAAACUAAAACUUUUUUAUGUUCUUCUGCAUUGCAAUUGUUGUAAGUUGUAGUCAUUGCCAAACUCUUAGAAGAUAUGCACAUAUGUACUUUUUUAGACCACAUACUACACUGCAUCCAGGAUUGACUAGCAUUCAAUAAUCUCUCUCAACCUUUUCUUUUGGGAAUGGCCCUUUCACCAUUCACAUGAGAGUAAACUAUGCAAU